CUAUUUUGGUCACGCCCGAGCGUCAUGUCAUGUGUACGUGCUAGUUCACGACGUGACUGAUUGAAUUGAGGAACAAGUAGAGGACGACCAACUCGGUCGAUGGUGGAGCAGAGCUAACCUAUUACAUUUUUUUUGUGAAAGUAUAUAUCUGUGCUAGAAAAGGACAUCGUCGAAAUGAAAUAUCUGUGGGGUUUAAGUGCCCUCCUCUUGUGCUUCUACCGAGCCGAUGCCCUGACAGAUCCCUUAAUUGUGUCUUCACCUAUGGAGGUGAACAACCAGACCUCUGCCAUCCUCUCGUGCAACCUGACCAACCCCCCGUCCACAGUCAAAGGUCAUUACUGGAUGAGGAAUGGCAAUGUGAUCGAGUCAUCCAAGCAGGACUCUCCUGCUCUCUACACAGAGUACAUCUUGGCUAAAAUUGAUUUCCAUUCUGGUGGAGUAUAUGACUGCGUCUUCCUGUCUGAUCCUGUGGUGAAGAAAUCCAUUGCAGUCAAAACUGCUAUCCAUGUCUCGGCCUACAAACGCUCUGAGCAUGGAAACGAGCAGGACAAGGGUGUGCUGGUGUGUGUCAGUCAUGGAUAUCCACUGCCUACUGACUGGAAGUGGUACAAACUGGAAGGAGAAGAAAUGCUGAAGACGGCCAUCACCAACGGUACUGACAGGUAUGAGAUCAAGAGCACCCCCAACAGGACCACCCUGACCAUCAAUGACCUGGACAUUGCCAUGGACAUGGGCGACUACAUGUGCUAUGGUGCCAGAGAAUUGGACUCGGCCUUCGACAAGAUCCACCUGCGCGUCCGCAGCCGCCUGGCCGCCCUCUGGCCCUUCCUGGGCAUCGUGGCCGAGGUCAUCAUCUUGGUCAGCAUCAUCUUCAUCUACGAGAAGAGGAGAAAGCCUGAUGAGAUCAAUGACGAUGAGGACUCAGGUUCUGCUCCCCUGAAAAGCAAUGCUGCCACAAACCACAAGGAUGUCAGGCAAAGGAACUCUAACUGAGAGAAGAUGAGAGAUAUCCUGAUGACUAUCUUCCAGGAUGAAGAGCAUUUGCUGAGCGUCACAUAAUCUAGUGCACCCUGCGAAUUUUAAACAACUUUAAAUUCUUGAACGUUAAUGUCUUGAGAAAUGGGCUGAAUUGUACUUCUAUAUUUCUCUCCAUAUUGUGCUUUCGGCUAAAGGCCAUUGGCAAAAAAAAAAACAUGUUUUUGCAUGAAUUUUAUUGCCGUUCUAGAAGUGUUUGUUCAUAGUGAAGUCCAUUGUAAAAGUUUACGUGGGAAUGAUCUAUUGGUGGUUUUUCUAUUUGUGCUUAUAGCUUCCUCCACUGUCCUUCACGUCUAAAUAUCUGCUCUUAUAUUUGCAAGCAUGAACAGCCACCUGUUAAGCAACAUGGCUCUUACUACGAUUGUGAAAUGUUUGGACACUGACAUGCUUUUGCCCCAGGCCCUAUUACCACACCUGACUCCAAUAAUCAACUAAUCAUUGUCUUUAGAAUGCAAUUAGUUUAAUCAGGUGUGUUUAGAUAUAGGGCUGGGGACAAAUGACAUGAAUCAGGUCCCUGAACUGGAGAGGCCCAUCCAUGCAUCCCUCACAUAGUUGGCUGAGUUGUAGGAUACACCUUAACAGAGUCCAUUUGACUUCCUCCACUGUGUUUGAUUUUCCGCAGAGGAAGUUAUAAUACUGUAGGUAGUUCCUAAAUUAAACGCAGCAGGUAGGAUUAUAAUGCAAUUUCGUCUGAGUUCCUGCUGUAUUUAAUACAUGCGCUGUUGAGAUUUUAAAAGGCUAAUCAUUGCAAAAUAAAAACCAAGCUUUUUGGAGUUUUACUACUAUGUUAAGGUGUAGUUUAGAAUUUAUGCUUUUGUUGCCAUAGUCAAAUCCAUAGUAAUACUUCCUGAAAAAGGACCAAGUGUAAGAGAUGGUUUUUCUGCUUCUGAACAACAACUAAUACAUUAAUCAGAAUGGAAGGCGAUUUUUAAAUGGCUUGUUUUCUUGAAGGGUACAUGGAACCUAAACAGGAUUGACACUAUUGAAGCAUUGUCCUUUUUCUAACCUCCACUUUGUAGACAACUCAGAAGCCACAUGUUGCAUUAACUUGAUUUAGUAUUGUGACUGGAUGUGCACCGGUAGUUUAAGAAGUACAUGUGAAAAUAUGACUGUCAUUUAUUUAGCUUAAAAGUAACUAAUUAGAUUCAACACAACUGUACCAAUUUGCACAAUCUCAAUAAAGUGAUCUGAUUUAA